GACACGCCCUUUCCCCCCUUCACAAAUAGAGAAAGAUGGCGCCCACUCACGUCCUGAGAUGCUGUCAACGGGGAUUAGCAUGGAUACCUGUGAUUUUUAUUGCGCUGGUCAUUUGCUGGUCUUAUUAUGCCUACGUGGUGGAGCUGUGUGUAUUCACCAUCCCCAGUGUAGGAGAGAAGGUUGUAUACCUCAUCUUCUUCCACCUCUCUUUCGUCCUGUUUGUGUGGUCUUAUUGGAAGACCAUCUUCACAAAGCCUGCCAACCCUUCCAAAGAGUUCUGCCUCCCAAAGAAUGAAAAGGAGCGCUACGAGAAGGAGGAGCGGCCAGAAUCCCAGCAAGAGAUUCUGUGGCGAGCCGCCACUAUCCUGCCACUUUAUACGCGCACUGGGGCAGGAGCUAUCCGUUACUGUGACCGCUGUCAAGUUAUCAAGCCGGACCGUUGUCAUCACUGCUCGGCAUGUGACAUGUGCGUGCUGAAGAUGGACCACCAUUGUCCAUGGGUGAACAACUGUGUGGGAUUCUCCAACUACAAGUUCUUCAUCCUCUUCCUGGCCUACUCGCUGCUCUACUGCUUAUUCAUCGCAGCCACUGUGCUGCAAUAUUUCAUUAAGUUCUGGACCCUUUGUCGGAGGAAAGCGGCUGAAAAUUGUCCGAAGAAUGAGCUGCGAGACUCUCAAAGUACUGCCAAAUUCCAUGUCUUGUUUCUCUUUUUUGUGGCGGCCAUGUUCUGCAUCAGUAUCCUUUCCCUCUUCAGUUACCACCUGUGGCUCGUCGGGAAGAACAGGUCCACCAUAGAGGCAUUUAGAGCACCCGUCUUCAGAACAGGCUCUGAUAAAAAUGGCUUCUCUCUGGGCUUCCGAAAGAAUAUCACUCAAGUGUUUGGAGACCAGAAGAAGUACUGGCUAUUGCCCGUCUUCACCAGUCAAGGAGAUGGUCUGACGUUCCCCACUCGACUUGUCAAUGCUGACGUGGAGCAGCCAACAGUCACCUUGCACCCAGAGCCUAAUAAAAGUGCUGUCGAAGUGACUGUGAGCCCACUCAGCGAGUCACAGAACCGCCUUCUGUGUAACGAGCAGCACGCCGACAGCGAGGGAAACCAGGUGGCUAACAAUGCUCUCAAGUCAGCUGCAAGUGAAUGCCACGUCGUCUCCAUGGAGAGUGAAUCAUAACAAGGAGUGACUCCUGAUUCAUCCAGUCUGAUGCCUUAAGCUGUGCGAUACUUUGACUCAUCACCAUAGUGACAAGACAGCCACUCUGUGCAGCCUCAGAGUAACUAUGGAAAUGCAUUCCUUUCACCCGUCAGGACGCAGAGCCAUGAAUAUGGUGUUGGUGUUUUUCCUGCAUGCAGUGACAACAGUUGCCCACCCAGGGCACAUAACACAAGCCUGUCCCCCUCUCUCUUUCUCUCUCUCACACAAACACGCACACACACACACACACACACAUUUCAUCGCAACACGUAUAUAUGACAUUUGUGAAUGAUGCAGGAAAUCUUUUGAAAAGCUGUUUUGGCAUUUUUAACAAGUAUUUUUGGUGCCAAAAGCUACUUGAAUCGGCAUUAUGAAUGCUGUGAAAAGUGGGUGAAAAUCUGGAACAAAAUUUUUUUUGUUUUGUCUUUUUCUGUGAAGAAGGAACAAUUUUCUCUUUUCUUUUUUGAAGGGUUUUUUUUUUUAGAUACAAAGAUGGUAACAUUUUCAAGCACAGAUGUCCGCGGACUGAAGAAACGCAGAUCAGGGAAUAUAUACUUGAGUCUGUUUUUGGAUGUCGGGAGCACAAGAAAGUGCAUUUGCAUUGCAAGGAUUGUCAAUGUCCAUCAAACAAUGGGUUGCUUUUUAGCGGGUCGGCAAAGCAACACACUGUUGAUGGAGCUUUGAUGUGUGUAUGUGUGUGUUUGCAAUGCAUAGCAUUUUUCUUUCUAGUUCUAUCUCACUCAAGUGGAAUUUGUUCAGUUCAGCCCACAAAUUAACAGUUUUUGCCAAAAUAAGGGCUGACCCGUCAGGAGCUUGGACUUCUGGACCUCAAGUGUUUACAGCAUCUUAGCUUUACUUAACCUCUUUGGACCUAACCGCAUUAGAAAUCACGUCAUAGUGCUUUACUUUCAAACUGGACCUCUUGCCUGUUUCAUUGUCUGGCAGUACCGCCUUUAACUGGCAGGUGGCGACAGGGCUUGAUUUUGUCUGCAGACACUACAUGUAGCCUCAAAAUAUGUUAUGAUGCUUGUCAAUGAAAGGAGCCUUAGCUGGUGUGUUUUGGUCUGUCAAAAAUGAUCUUGUUUAUAUUUUACGUAUUAGAUCAGAUCAUUUUGUUCUAAUAUGACCAACUAAUUUCCCCAAGGGAUACCAUACCAUAUAUGCAACUUUUUUCCUGUCAUUGUUCAGUCUUGCAGUGUGUUACAUAUUCUAUCUGAUCACAUCCGCAUGCUGGUUGCUGGAUGAGCCUCCUACGUUUUACGUCCCUCACUGUAUGAGUUUACAGCCAUUUCUAUUGUAUAGCUUUGGACAUUGUUUUCUGUCUACAUAAGAGAUAACUGUUAAUUAGAUAAGAUAUGAGCUAAUGCCACAAAUUACUUACAAAAAAAAUUACGUUGCACUUUAACUGAUCUGCCAAUGACAUUUUUUCCCAGUCAUUCAAAGCUAUAUCCCUUAUUUUCAAAAAAAAAAAAAAAAAAAUCAACUAGUCUCUCGACUUUGAAAUCAGAGCGUGCGUAUGUUUUUGCAAUGCGUGUAAAUGUGUCGUUUUGUAAAAUUAUUGUCUUGUUAAGCAGCAUAUUUUUUACAGAAGGGGUCAGAAUAAAGCUCCAAAGCAUGGGGAAAAAAAGUGAUUUUAAACAUGUUGUGGUGGGAGCCUGGUGGUGACAAUAGAGGUGCGCCGUGUUUGAAAGCAGCUUUUAUUCUGGUGUAUCCCAACUUGUUAAUAAAUGAAGCCAUAAAAACACAAA